CUCGCGAGAUUCCAUUACAGACCACGGGAACAAACGAGACUUGUCUUCUCCGACGGGAAGCCAUUUUCUGGGAGAGAGAGACGAAAAGUACAAAGUCUUGCAGAAAUUUUCGCUUCAAUUAUCGGCCCGUUGGCACAAAAAGAGCCAAAAUGUCGGCCCAAGAGCAAAUGCGAGCUAUGCUUGACCAGCUUAUGGGCACAACGAGGGAUGGUGAUCCAGGGCGUUCCAAGGUCAGGUUCACAGAUGACAAUGUGUGUAAGAGCUUCCUAUUGGAAUGCUGUCCCCACGACAUGCUGGCCAGCACGAGGAUGGACCUCGGUGAGUGCCCCAAGGUUCAUGACCUGGCCUUACGAGCUGACUACAAGAUAGCAUCAGAGAGGAAGGACUAUUACUAUGAGAUUGAUGCAAUGGAACACCUCCAGACCUUCAUCGCCGACUGUGACCGUCGUACAGAACUGGCAAAGAAGAGACUGGCCGAGACUCAGGAGGAGCUGAGUGCAGAAAUCCAGGCCAAGGCUGACAAGGUACAUGACCUUGCUGAAGAGAUAGGAAAGAAGCUUGCAGAGGCCGAGCAGCUUGGGGAGGAGGGCAAUGUGGACGAAUCCAUGAAGGUCAUGUCUGAAGUGGAGGACACCCGCAAGAAGAAAGCAGAAGCAGAGGAAGAGUACCGGAACUCCAUGCCUGCCUCCAGCUUCCAACAGCAGAAGCUGCGAGUUUGUGAGGUCUGCUCUGCGUACCUGGGUCUUCAUGACAACGAUCGCAGGUUGGCAGACCAUUUCGGGGGGAAGCUCCACAUCGGCUUCAUCAAGAUUCGAGAAAAGCUUAAAGACCUCAAGAAUCUUGUGGCAGAGAAGAGGGAGAAGAGAGAGGUGGAGAGAGCCAAGCGCCGUGAAGAUAGAGAGAAGGAGAAAGAAAAGGAUAGCAGGCCCAGCUCACAGUCACGUAGUCCGAAACGUCGCAGCCACUCCAAAAGUCAAGAGCGCCGCGAGAGCAAGCCCCGAAGUGAACGUCGCAAGAGUCGAUCUCGAAGCCGUGAACGACGAAGAGGGGAUUCCAGAAAUCGUGAUCGCCGCAGAAGUCGCUCGCGCAGCCGGGAGAGACGUAGGAGCCGCUCACGUAGCCGUGAGAGACGUAGGAGCCGUUCCCGAGGUCACGAUCGCAGAAGGCCCAGUCGCUCUCGCAGCCGAGACAGGAAGAGACGAAGGCGCAGUCGUGACAGGUCCAGGUCCUCGGAUAGAAGACGAAGGCGGUCCCGAUCACGUGACAGACGGCGCAGGACCCGGUCACGAGACAGAGGAGAUUCUCGUAGGCACAGCAGGUCGCGAUCUAAGGGCAGGUCAGCACGGUCCGAGUCUAGAUCCAAGGAGCGCAGUCGACAAUCUUCCCACGAGAGAGAGGAGGACAAGACAAAGGAGGAUGGGGAGCAAAGUCCAAAGGAGGAAUCAGCAAACGGAGAGAAAGCCAGGUCGAGCAAGAGUCGCAGUAGGACCCCGGAGUCAGAAUGACAGACUAGUACUGGACUGUAGGGUAUUUAAAACCUCACCUACAUUCUGUUCACGUAGUUGCACAAGAUGUGAAACAUUCAUGUAUAAUCAGCUAGGUUGCCAAGAGAGUUGUGUAGCUUUGGCAGUUUCUUCAUGUUGAAACUCCAGUCUUGUUCAACUCAUUACAUGUCACUUAAUUCAUAAAUGUACACUACUAGAAGAGCUGUAGAGAAAGCUUGAGGAAACUUGGAGCAUUUGUGGACCUCUUGUAGAAUGUGUAUUCUCUCUCAUCUCCACAGUGUACAUAAAGAAUUUAGACAUAAUAAGCCCUGCAGCAUAGUAUUGUAUCACUUAGCAGUUUCCCCGUACUUAGAUGUAAAUGUUAGGUAAAAAAUGUGUUGGAAUUUUAGGUUGCCCAACACAGGAUGUGUGCAGGAUUGAGGGCCUGUCUGUCAUUUGAAACAGCUCUGUCAUUUAACAGCAUCAAGGCAUGAUGUGCUGAAAACUGCAUUGUGAGUUCAUACUGUAUGGUACCAGGAGUUAGUUCCAAAUGUGAUCAAUUUGGCAGGAAAACUUGAUAUAUUAUACAGGAAGCUCUGCAACAUUUUAGCACUUUUUGUUAUGAACUUCAAUUUAAUAUUGCUGCAUAGGCUGAAGUAAAUUAUCUUCCUUCUAGUCGUGCUUUAUUCAAUGUCUUAGACAACAAUUGCUUAAGACUUUUUAUCAAAACAUUAAAGGUGCAUGUCAAGAAAUUACAUGUUGUUGAUUAAAUCUUGGGUUAUACAUGUAGUGUAAAUCUGGGCAUGAUUGUUUAACACUCUAGAGAAGCUUUAAAAGAAGCUGCAGGAUGUUCAAACAAUAAAAAUUGUCAGUACCAACAA